AUGCCUGGAAACGUCCGACCGACCGCCUUAUACUGGGACCCGGACGCUCCGGUCAACUCCUAUAAAUAUACAGCCCUCAAUGCUGCUGCUGCUGCUGCUGCUGCUACUGCUGCUGCUACUUCUGUUGCAACCACUACUACUACUGCUACUACUACUACUAGUGCAACCGAUAGCGUUGUAGAUAAACCUCCUCCAUCACUAGCAAACUCGGCUCCAGAAGCUCUGGCAGCUCCGGCAACUCCGAAACCUCCGACAUCUACAACAGCUUUAGCUUCAUCUCUAUCUCAAACUAUACAAACAUCUCAGAUAGAUACAGAAAAACUCACAAAUAAUAACACAUCCACUACUACCAUCAUCUCUCCGGCUCAUAUAUACUCAACCCUCCCAGCAGAAAAAAUCAUCUCGGGCCCACCACCUAUUUCAACUAAUCAAAAUAUAAUCAACUCCCAUGGUCACAAUAACAACUCUCACUAUAGCCCAUCUUCCUCAUCCUCCUCAUCCUCCUCCUCCUCCUCUUCUAAAGCCCUCUCAAAUACUGCAGCAAUGCUCGACCGUUGUGAUGCCGUCUACGUCUAUUCAAAACCAAAAGAUCUUUGCGCCCAACUUUAUACCAUCUGCACCCGUCUCUCGGCCGCUGCCGUUGCUGCAUCCGGCCCAGAACCAGAGUCAGCCUCUUCACCUGACUUUGCCCACUCAUUUGAUCGGGCUCAUUCCCCAGCAGCCAAAACUCUUUUCGAGGAUACCCCUCCUCUUUUGCUCUUUCUCGCCCAUGAUGCCCCCGCUGCACAUCUCCCUCUUAUCCGCUAUGCCUGCUUUCUAGCUUCCCAUGUCCCAGCAGUAGUCACUGUUCUUUACCCUGAAUGCCCGGCUUCCCCAUCAAGCCUCCCAGAUGUUGGUGGAUACUCUGGGAACGACAGACGUAACCCUAACGCCGUGCGCGGGGCCGUCCCUAAUGCCGUUUUCCAUGCUCUACGCUCCUGCGGUGUGGCUGCCUUUGGGCCUCCCACAAUAUCUCCUCCAGUGCUCGACCUAGUUUUUUCUAAAGCUGAGGCUUUGCGCAAAAUGACGGGUGUUGUUUUGGACCGCCUUAAACGUGCAGCCGAGGUUCGCAUUGCCAAGGAAAUGGACCCGAGCUACUCCAACAUUUACUUUGAUAAGAGCACGUGCCGGCCCGUGUGCAUGGCUGCGACCCCGGAGGAGCGCGACCAUGAAAGAGAGGUUUUUUCAAAAGUUUGUCCGAGACCACUUUUUGGUACGGCCUAUGAUUAUUAUGUGUUAAACUUUUUGUGUGACUUAGAGCUUUAUCACACUAGGUAUCUAUUACGCUCAGACACUCCACACACCUCUCGGGCACUUUUUGAAGAUGAUGGCACUGUGGCAGAAGAUUCUCCUGCAGAUGAUAAUGGCUCGUUUAACAACUUUGCCGAAGAAGACUACCCUUCUAUAUUCCAUUUGUCUCCAGCACGCAUUGCAUAUGUUAAGGAACUUGUUGGGAACUGGGACUUUGAGGCACAUACCCUAACUUAUAAUGAUUUACUGUUUGCUGCGUUUGUAAUGUUUAAGCAUGUUUUCAACAUGCGUGGUCCAGCAUCUUCGCCAUGCUCUUCAUCCAUUGAUGGGCUCAUUAUUCCAGAUGCCCAACUGUUUAAGUUUUUGCUGGUAGUGCGUGAUUCGUAUUACCCAACAAAUCCUUACCAUAACUUUCGACACGCAAUCGAUGUGCUCCAGGCGAGCUUCCACUUUAUGUUGCGGUUAUCAUCGAUUCCCGAAUAUCCUGGGUCUGAAAAGAGUGAGCGCACGCAAGUAGCUAUUCUUAAUCCAUUGGAGGCUUUGACAAUGUUAAUCAUUGCAAUUGGACAUGAUGUGGGACACCCUGGAAUGACAAAUGCAUUUUUGACGCAUGCAAAGGCCCCCGUGGCUACGGCAUUUGGCUAUAAGUCUGUGCUAGAAUCGUAUCAUGGGGCUGCGUUUUCACGGAUUUUACAGUUGCAUUGGCCUGCAACUCAAGAACAACCGGUAUGUCGGUUGAUUAUGCAGUCGGUGCAUGCGACAGAUAUGGGGCUUCACUUUGAUUAUAUGUCGAAGGCUGAGGAAGCUCGUGGGAUUGUGGAGAAGUAUGGCAAGGUAGAGGCGUACAUUGAAGAGAUGGAUGGAAGUAAGAUGGAUACGGAGGAAGAGGUUACAUUAAGGAGGUUGGAGAAGUUAAGGUUCCAAACACUUGUUUGUUGUUUGUUGAUCAAGUGUGCUGAUAUUUCGAAUGUGACUCGUGGGCUUAAGGUAUCUUCAAGAUGGGGGGUUGUUUUAAGCAAAGAGUUUGGGCAAGUUGAUGCGUUAGAGAUUUUGUUAGGACUUAAACCUGAUAAACCUCAUGUGGAGAAGACACCUGAGGGGAAACCAUUUGCAUCAUUGGGACCACCAGUUCCAAUGGAGAGUGAUGGAGAGGGAUUCCAUAUACCUGUUUUAGCAUUGGCUAAAGGUCAAUUGUUUUUCAUCAAUACGUUUGCGCGGCCCUUAUUUGAGUUGGUAGCGCACAUGUUCCCAAGUUUGGGAUAUACGAUGGACAUUUUACAGAGCAAUUGCGAGUACUGGCAAGGAAGGGUUGCUAGUUUGUCUUGA